GAGUUCUCAUCAAACUUUUGCUGCUGAAAUUAACCCUUUGUUUUCCUAAAUAGCAUUUUGAUUCACGUUCACCAGAUGUUUCCACAUGAAUGAAGAAACCUGCCACAACUCGGAAACUGCAGCGAAUGCAAACAAAACCCACAUUUUGCGUCCACAGGGGUAGCUGCUCUUUCCCUUGGAGGGCAAACCCUUCAUUCGUUUGCUGGUGUUGGCAUUGGUGAUGCAGAUCGUGCAAGUUUAGUAGAAAGGGUUCUUUCUAAUAAAAGGGCACACUGGAGGUGGAAAAGGGUUAAAGCAUUGGUUAUUGAUGAAGCAAGCAUGAUUGAUACUGAAUUGUUUGAAGGUCUUGAAUAUAUCGCCCGGUCUUUUCGAAAUGAAGAAGGGAUGGGUGAGAACAAGAUUUGGGGCGGAAUACAGCUGGUUGUGAGCGGAGACUUUUUUCAGUUACCUCCAGUACUCAAGAAAAAGAAGAAGGGUGCAAAGAAAUUUGCUUUCGAGGCUGAUUGUUGGAAUGCAAGUUUUGACAUGCAAAUUGAGCUUACUAAACCAUUCAGGCAAUUAAAAGAUAAGACACUCAUCAGAAUCCUCCAGGGAAUAAGAAAAGGGGAGUGUGAUCCUGGGGAUUUAGAAUUUUUGGAAGGAUGUUGCUCUGGAGGUGAGCCAGAUCCUUCAGCUGUACGGCUGUACCCAAGGAUUGAAGAUGUAAACAAGGUGAACAAGAUGAAAAUGGAGAGCUUAAAGGAGAAUAUUGUUGUUUAUAGUGCUAUUGAUUUGGGUGAGGAUCCAUGGAAAAGGCAGCUUAAGCAUGGGAUUGCACCUGACGAGCUAGAACUUUGUAAAGGUGCUAGGGUGAUGCUGACUAAAAAUAAAAAUCCCUGGCGCAAACUUGUGAAUGGUGCCACUGGUACAGUUAAGGAUUUCAGCCAGGCCUCUGAUGAGCAACAUAAAAAAUAUAAAGCGUGCGAUGGUUUCAGUAAUUUACCAGUUGUGGAAUUUGACUGUGGCAUAGAAAUGAAGGUUGAGCCAGAAAUAUGGACUGUCAUGGAUGGGGACAAAGUCGUUGCCGUGCGAAGGCAGAUCCCUCUCAUACUGUCAUGGGCUUUAAGCAUUCACAAGUGCCAGGGAAUGACUCUUGACAAGCUCCAUACGGAUCUGAAGCGCGUUUUUGACUUCGGGAUGGUCUAUGUUGCACUUUCACGCAUAAGACUCUUGAGAGGCCUUCAUUUGGCAGGUUUUGAUCCCUCAAAGAUCAAGGCACAUCCAAAAGUUUUGCAGUUCUAUUCUAAAUUUUCUGGUAAGCAGGAUGAGCAAGGGGAGGAUUCUAUAGCUGACAAGAAUUAAUUUUUGUAGCAUAAAUUUGCUUAGUUUUUAGGAUAAGAUGCUUAGACCAAUAUCAUAGUUCUUGAAUCAAGUUUCAUUAUCAAAAAGAGCAUGGCAUUUUACAUCA